CCCUAGAGGUCGUACAAUAUUCUGGUAACUAUGCUGCACUGCGUACAAGGAGGAGGUACCAUUUAACACUUGGAGACGUGGCUAGGGAGAGAUUGAAAGUGGAGAAAAUAGAAUCUCUCUUAUGCAGGAAAGGACUUUAGGUAAUGGGGGAUUAUAGCUUGGAUCUUUCAUCAGCUGUAAACCACAUAUCACUUAGUGAGGCUAAGGAAGUUACAAAUAACAUAUCUGUGUUGUUUUCUACUAACGUUAAGCUGAAGCCGGCAAGUGAUCAAACCGGACAGACUUGUUCCGGUGAAUCAAAUGACGGUAACGAUAACAUAAACGUUACAACAUCCGGUAAGCCAACGGGUAAAACAGAUAUUUCUAAUGGUAAUAUAAAACGAGUUACAUCUGAAAUUGACAUUAAAGAGAAACUAAUGUUUGAAAAGUCUAAGUCUCUUGGAAAUGUUGAAGGUGAAAAUGGUAUUUCAUACAGCGGUGUUACCGGGGAUAAGUGCAACUCUACAGCAAAUAACGGUACUGUAAGUAGUAAUAUUACUCAGCAUACACGAUCUCAGAGCCACCCUCAGAACUUGUGUCCUCUUUCUGAAAUAGAAAUCGAGGACUCGAGGAGAAUCGAUUCAAAAAAAAGUGCAGAUGGGUUUGCAUUUCCUGUAAUGCAGUCUAAUGAAAAUACAGCGAUCCUUUCGAAAGAUUGCUGCAAUCUAACAAAUGGUAGGCCUAAUAGUUUACUAUUGAAAAAUGGAGAAAAUGAUAAAUUAAUAUUAAGACAUGAAACAUCACCUAUAUGUACAGCAGUUCCUACUACAGUACCCCAAGAAGAAAUCUCUCCACAGCAUGACUUUACUGAACCAUCAACCCCUUUUAUAAUGCCAGCUUCCACAAAUUAUUGGGCAUUUGUUGGGCAGAAUUGUGAAGAGUUUCUUAGUGGAAUGCACACUGUCAAUGGUAAUUAUUCAGUACAAAGUUCUCAAUUAAGUACUACACCAAGCAUAAAUCAUAUCAAUUCAGUUUUAAGUGCUGGUUUAGGAAACCAGGGUCACUCUGUGAACAGUUUCAGUAAUAAUUUACUUCCUCAACAGUACCAGUAUCAAAGACGGGCAAUUACUGGAGCUCACAAUUUUGGUCGGGGUAGGCAUGAGACUCAAUCCCUAAACCAGGGAUAUUCAGAAUGGAAUAAUCCAUCACGGACAUGGUCUUUACCACAGUCUCGUAACUCUGUACUUCCAUGUACAUGGAAUACACCAAGCUUGGCAGCAGUACAGAAGCAGUCCAUGUCUAAUACAGAGUCUCUGUUGAAAAAGAUCCCAGUUUCAUGUGGACAUUUGCCGGCUUCACCGUCCAAGUUUCGGAAGAAUUUUACAUGGCCUUUUGGCAAUUAUGCUGAACAGCAAGAUUUGCAUGCUAACCUUCAAGGAGAAGAUGUAAGAGAAGAAACAACCCUAUUGCCUUUUCAGGAACGCCAAAUAUCUGGGAGUUUAAACACAAGUCCAUUGGAUCGACUCACGUAUCCCCUUGAACAGCAAAUUUUAGAAAUAAUGAAGACUGUACAAGUAGAUGGCCAAGAGCCUAAAGGUUAUUAUAGCCCGAACUCAAGUAAAUUGCAGUCCAUGGGUUACACACAAGCUGCUCAAAAUUAUGGACGGAAGCAAGGUAAACCAGUAUAUUUCCCAGACGAAAACCACAUGUUAGUUGAAAAGCAGUUAGAACAUCUGGCCCCAUUGGGUCCUACAUCAAUGUUCCAUCAAAAGUUCCACAGGAUAGAUGAUACUUUAGGGAGAUAUUCUCGUAAAGUGUUUGUUGGAGGCCUCCCUCCAGAUAUAGAUGAAGAGGAAAUUACUGCAACCUUUCAACGAUUUGGACCUUUAGUAGUUGAUUGGCCUCACAAGGCAGAGAGCAAGUCUUACUUUCCUCCUAAAGGUUAUGCUUUCUUAUUGUUCCAAGAACAGUCGUCAGUCCAGUUGUUGAUAGACAGCUGCAUUCAAGAAGAAGACAGACUUUACUUGUGUGUGUCUAGUCCCACUAUUAAAGACAAGCUGGUUCAAAUACGUCCGUGGAGAAUUAGUGAUGCUGACUAUGUAUUUGACUCCUCCUUGCCUCUUGAUCCAAGGAAGACUGUUUUUGUAGGAGGUGUCCCUCGCCCAUUGAAAGCAUUUGAAUUAGCCACUAUUAUGGACCGACUCUAUGGUGGAGUGUGUUAUGCUGGUAUUGAUACUGAUCCUGAACUGAAGUAUCCAAAAGGAGCAGGGCGUGUGGCUUUCUCAAGUCAGCAGAGCUACAUAGCAGCCAUUAGUGCUCGUUUUGUGCAACUGCAGCAUGGAGACAUAGAAAAAAGGGUUGAAGUCAAACCGUAUGUUCUAGAUGAUCAAAUGUGUGAUGAGUGCCAAGGUGCUCGAUGCGGGGGUAAAUUUGCUCCUUUUUUUUGCGCCAAUGUAACUUGUCUUCAGUACUAUUGUGAACAGUGCUGGGCUGCAAUCCAUUCUCGACCUGGCCGAGAAUUUCACAAGCCGUUAGUCAAAGAAGGAGCCGACAGACCAAGAGCAGUUCCUUUUCGUUGGUAUUAAUCUCUGAAUACAUCUCCGAGCUUACUGUUUGAAGGUUGUUUGGGGUUAUAGAAAUUAUUAAGUAUGCUCCAUGUUCCCUCUAUUGAUUAAUAUCUUGUGGAACAAAACAAUUAUACCCAUUAUAGUUAAAAAGUAGUUUGUACAAUGCACUAUAGCCAUUUAUUUUUUCUUGGCAAGCAUUGUCUUGACCUAUAGUCAGUUUUGUUUUUACACAAAAAUUAACAUUCUUAUUAGCAAUACUCUAUAAAUUAUUUAAUUAUCUCGUUUCAUUGAAAAGAUUAGCAUUCUGAUAUAUAGUAGUAUAUCUAAUUGUGCAUAUGUUAUAUUUCUUAAAUGUCCCUCAGGUAGUUCAUGUAACUGAUAGUAAUAUAGCAGACUACUGCUAGUGAUAGUUAACUAAUGUAGACAUGUACAAAUAGUGCACGAGAUAUGACAUCUGCUGGGACAUCAAAUGUGGGAAAGAACUCGUAGAUAACAUACAAAGACCAAGUUCCACCACAAUUCAAAUCUUAUGAAAACACUGAAAAACAUGGUUGUUGUGUGUUAUUUAUGAGGUAAUGUGUUGUAUACUGGACCUGUAAUCCUGUUACCAUUACUCUGUAGCACGCUUCAUUUUUGUGAUAAAUAUGGGUGUAAAAAUGUUCAGAAAAUAAUAUAUUAGUGAAUGUGUGUGUUGUCAAUUGGUAAAAUAUUAGCACUUUAAGGUUUCUUGUAGUUUUGGGUAGAAAUGUACUUAACACUAGUCAGUCCAAAAUAAAUAUGACUUCUUGAAUUAAUGGCAGAUUCUGCAAGUCAAUAAUUGUUGGGUCACUAGCUCUACAGGCUUGUAAUUGAGUUACUUUAAGUGAAAAUAAGCUUACAAAAAUGUGUGUUUACUAAUAUGUGUUACUGUGAUUAUGCUUUAAUAUAAGGGUAUGUGUUUGCAGUGUAUGUGUAUGUUGCUUCAUGAUAAAUUAUUUGAUUAGAAACUUGUUUCAUGAAUAUGUGUGUAUGUAUUAUGUUGAAGUCUAACAUUUUUUGUUCCAUGUUCCUUGGUUUUCUUUCAUUAAGUAGCUGUCCUACACUAUUAUCUUCUUGUUCCACUGAACUUUUGUUUCCUACAUUGAAUGUUUUUUACUGAUAAUAUUACUGCACUCAUGUAAAUAUGACAGCAGAAAUAUUAGAUUAGGAUAUUGUUAAAUAAAGAAUUCAAGCUAUCCUGGUUCCACAUAAAAUGGAAUUGUUCAUGUUAUAAGAAAGUACUUUGCCUAACAAACUCAAAUUAUUCAGCAUGUUUAUUGUGAAGAAAUUGUAUUAAAGAUAUCAAAUACAGUUCCUUUUUGGUAAAGCCAUGUGCAAUAAUUUCAAGACCUGUGUUUUAUCUGUUUUGUUUAUUUCACAUUGUUACAUUAUCAUAUAAAGAAUAUCAAUAUUUUGUUGUCAGGGAAGCUAGAUUGACUAAGUAAUUAUUCUUAUAGUCAUACUUUAUUGUUGUUUUUUUACUUGAAUGUUGCUUAAAGGUUUUAGGCUGAUUGAUCAGUUAUGUAUGUCCAGUGAGAUUUUGAAAACGUUAUUGUUUGAAUUUAAUCUUAUGACUUUGUGGGUUUGGAUGUAACAUAUUUUUAUAAUUAUGUGACUGUGUGUGUGUGAAAAACUUGCAACAUACUAUAUCUAAUUUGGAAAACAAGCUAGUGACCCUGAUUAUUAGUAUGCUGUACACUAUUUGGGCUGUUUACGUGGAGGUAAGGUGUAAAGAUUUAUCUACAAAUAGAGUGCAGAUGAUAUUCAGAAAUUAUUAUUUUUUUGUUUAAAUGGAAGAAUUUAAUAAUCACUUACUGAUCUCAAAGAUUUUCAGAAUAGUGGAAUAAGAUGAAUAAAUGAGGAUAGAUAAUAGAAAUAGUCAAUGGGUAAAUGAAUUAGAAUUAUUUAUUCUUAUAGAUGGUUUGUAGUAGUUGAACGUAGUCUUGUAGCCAACAGGUUUGUCUGAGAAAAAUAUUUUAUCUGAUUAAUUUGUUAUAUCAAAAUUCGAAUUCCCUUGUCAAGCAAGGGCUGUGGAAAAAAACAGAUUUUAUUUUUAGUGUUUUCUGAUAACACAUAAAGAUGAUCUUAUGACUAAUGAAUUAACUGUACUUGUCAAAACAGAUGCUUUUUUAUCAUUGAAUUUACACAAAAGCUGUAUAAUGUAUAUUGAAAAUUUCUAGUAGAAAUUUCUAUUAGUGAAAUAGUUAACAAACAACUUACAGUUUAAUGAAGAUGAGUGUUUUGUAAGGACAGCUGUUUUCCAAUAUUUUAUGUAUAAUCCUGUUAUUGAUAGUUCAACAGAAAUAGUUUUCAUUAUUUAAGUACAAUAAAUCUAGUCACUUUUUAUUGAUAAUUUAAAUAAUUAUAAAAAGAGAAUUGUCUUUAGAGAUCUUCAUUACCUUGACUUAGAAGUAAAUUAUUUUUUGUUAAAUAGUAAUGAACACAGUUUUCUUUGAAACAAGGGUUUAAUAUAAAAGAUGGUGAUAAUUUUUCAGCACAAGUGCAACAUUGUUUUCACUUAAACAGGGAAUAGUUUACUAUUAAGCAAUUUUGUUUGCCCUUUACACACGGUUUUAAUUUGCCUGAAGUUAAUGUACUCUAGUAUAUCCCUUUUUUCAAAAUUCCAUUGCUGAGAUUUUUCAGCUUAUGUAUGUAAAAAUUGGAAACGAGGAUUUCUACUUCCACAGUUAAGACAUAAUAUUUCCUACGAAUUUUAAGAUUGAAUGGCACUUUGAACAUAACAUAAUUUUUGUUUUGACUAAUACUUAAAUGAAUGAAAAAGUAAAAUAUCAUAUCAGUUUUCAAACCCAACAAAUACAAGUAACAAAAAGCUUAGACUAAUUUAUUUUGUUUUUUCAAAUUGCAACAUUAAAAUAUUCAGCUUCUGUAGGUAUAUAUAUUGUUUUCACAUUUAAUUUGACAGUAUAUCAAACAUCACACACAGAAAACUAAGUACAAUAAUAAUAAUACCUAAGUUGUAGCUUUUAUAACUUUCAAAACGAUUUAUAAAUCAGGUACUUGGAUUUUCUAAACUUAAACAGGAAAUUAGUUUUUGACUCAUUAGUAGAUAUUAUGUCAGAAUUUUUCUCCAUUAUUAACAGGUAACAUAUAUGUAGACUUCUUUGCUGUUUAAAUAUUUUUUUCAUGGAAUCAGAACAACAGGAGGAAAUGUGAAAUUAUAAAUUUGUUUAUAUGUCUACCAGAGGCUAAAAGUAUGCGGGAUCAUAAUGCUGAGUUAGCCAGAAGUAAAAUAAUUAUUUAUUUAUGAAGUUAUUUUACAUUAAAGUUGUGUACAACUGCCAUAAACAUGGAGUUCUGCAAACUAAAUGAAAAGGUUCAGCCAGUUUUAAAGCACACUCAAGAUCUGUUUAACCUUAUUUUGGGUAUGUAACAUAUGUUUGUAUUUUUAGAGGAUAAACUAGUAAUUGAUUGGCCCUAAAAAUUUAAUAGAUCUUGGAAACUUAUUAGUGUUUAACCUGCUUUUUAGUAUGUGUACUAAAUUCAAAGUAUGUAAUAGCUAAGUUGCUUAUGGUUCUAAGCACAUUUCUCUAAAAUGUUUUAAACAGACUUAUUUUUAGAUGCAUAGACUUAAAACAUAGCGCAUAGAACGUGUCUCUGUUGUACAUUGUUGGUAUUUAAUAUUACUUUCCUAGUCACAGGGCUACAAAGACUUCUUUACUUAUUAACUUUUGUUAGGUGAAAUUCUGAAGCACAUUGAAGUAAAGAUUAGAUAUAAUUUUGUUAUAUCCAUAUCAGUGUUGUAUUUAAUCAAAGAUUAAUUUUACUUUUUUUUUAAGAUUUAUGUGAGCAAGAUGAGACUAGGGUAAUACCCAGUUCAAUUAAUAAUACCUCUGACCAUUGGUGUCUCUAAAGAAAGAUUAUAGGAAGACUGAUUUAUUUUUAACUUGUUAUCAGCUGUGUGUUUAAUAUGCACUGAAAAUUAAGUCUUAGUUUUAAGAUUAAAAUUAUUGGUUGUUACAUAUAUAUGUGUGUGUGUAGCCAUAGGUGCCAAACAAUUCUUUCUUCUGCUCUUCAUCCUUUGCUUUUUUAAAAUGUGUUUGUUACUUUGUGGAAGUUACUGAUUUGUAUGUUUCUUUGUCUGUGGCAAUGUUAUGAGCUAUUCAACUUUAAGAAACUGAAUACCCAGUUUCUAGAAUAUCAGAAGUAAGCCUUGUGUUAUAGAGAUGGUUUCAUCUUGUGCAAGUUGAUGAAUGGAGCCAAAAACAUUUCAGGCCUUCUGAUGUGUUUUUGCCACUAUGAAGUUUUUUGUAUAUCACAGUUCAGAUUCUUUUUCUACUGUUAAACACCUUAGAAGAGGUAUAGAGAAUUAUUUUUAUGGUUUAAAUAUUCUUUAGCCCCUCUUCAAAAUAUACUGAACUUUUAAACUUUUUUAUGAAAUGUCUUAUUAGAGUAAGAUUUAUAUCUUUUAAUACAUCUUUUUUAAAUUGUUACAUUUGUCAAGUUUUAUGCUAUCUCAGGUAUAAGGUGAUGGGAUGAAGAAGAGAAAAAUGCAAGUAUCCCAAAAACCCUUCAUUGAUGGAGAUAGUCUCCUUGUUUUUUAAGAUGCCAACUUUUUUUGCUGUUGUAUACAUUGCUCUCACAACAGUAUAAUGUAACAAAAAAUGUACUGAAGCAAACAAAAUUAAAAAGAGACCUUUGGUUGUAAAAAAGUACAGUAAAUUUUACAUUACAUAACAUGAGAAAUUGAAACUUUGUAUCAUUGACAUUUUUGUAGAGAAAAGCUAUUCGUUGUACAGUUUGCACUUUAUUUGAUAAGUGCAGAGUUUACAGAGAAGUUUUUACUGUGAUUAAAUAUGAUCUCUGUUUUUUUUAGCCCAUUUGAGUUGUUGAUAUAUUGGAUUCACAACAUCUGUACUAGAGAAACAAGAAAUUACAAAUAGUAAUAGAUAUUGUUGUUACAAAAGUUUAUUUAAUAACAUUGAAAGAGUAAUUGUUCAAUUUUGUAUUUUUUUGUAAUUAGAUAGGAAAAACGUAGUUGCCACAACUAAAGAACAACAACAAAAACACACAAGAUACAGGCUCACUAGACACAAAGUAAUAUCUGGAUAAGUGCAUUAAGCGUGAGAUGAUGUGAAGAAUACUUCAAUUUUAAAUACAUAGACAAAGUAGUUUGAUUAAAACCAUAUUUAAAACAAAAUGUAAUUUUUGUAAGAUUACAAAUAACAUAAUAACACUGAAAGAGUAGGAAUAAGAGAAUGAUAUCUUUUUCCUUAUUGUUUCUGUUAGAUGUUUAUAUUUUUUAUGUAUUCUUAAUUGGUACACUCAUUUGUAGAUAAGUUCGUAAUUGUUUCUUUAUCUGUUUAUUUGUGUUUCAUGUUUCUGGGCCUGCAAAGUAAUGCAUUCAAUUUGGCACUAAAGUAUUUCAAUCUUUUUUUUAAAAAAGGUAACUGUUGCACAUUAAAAAAAGUUGAGAUUUUUUAAUUUGGCCUUCAGUCAGCUUGUGUCAUAAAAAUAACUUUUAUAAAUUUAAGCUCCUCAUAUUCUACAUUUAUGAACUUAGAAUGAUCAAAAUCGUAGCAUUUUGUGGAUGGUUAAUUUGGGAACCAAGAAAAGAAUUGUUCAUCGACCAGCAGUUCAUUUUGAAGACUUAAUUAAAUGAAAUUAACAUAAACUUUUAAAUAUCAUUAAUUCAAUAAAGCUCAAGUACAAACUUGCUUUACGAGCUGUGAUAUAUGAAGUGCAUGUAACUGAAAACUAUACAUUAUUUGGCUUUUGAGAAAGAUAGAAACUCGUUAAUUUGGGUUUCUAACAAUUCAAGUAGUGUUGUUUAGAAUGAUUUUGUCAAUUGUGCAAAUACUGAUAGAUCUCUGGAUCUAUCUAGAACGUCCUUUGAAAUUUUAAAGUUCAAAUAACAUGUAAAACUUAAUGAUGCACAGGAUAUUACUUUUUCUUUUUUUACAUUGAAAUGAUACAUUUAAGAAUGCUAGCUCUUCAAACUUUAAUAAACUAUUUACCUUUUGUGAUUUCUUGAACAGGUAUUACCUCAUUGGAAUGAAAUAAUUGUUUUUGUUGUUGUUGUUGUUCUUGUUAAUUUCUUGUAUCUUGAUUGUAAUGUAACCAAACAAUUGGACAUUUUUCAUUUUGUUUAUCUUAAAUAUGCUUAUUUUUGAGGAUACCAUUUACAGGGGCUUGUAUGUUAAAUUUUAGUAAACUUGGCCAGUGCUAUAUUAUUAACUUAGAUAUUUUUUUUGUUUACUUUUAUGAUUUUUUAAAAUAUAGAAUAUUCUCAAAAGUGAAAUUAGUUCUAAGCAGUUUUUUUUAUAUAUAUUAUGGUUGACCAUCACAAUAACUUAAAUAUUUACCAUGAAGAACUGCUUUUGUAUUGGUGAUGAAAGGCUGUUUUUGCAUUCUUUAGAUUAAAUUACAUUUUUGAUGUGCAUGACAGAGAUUUUUAUACAUUGCUCUUUCUAAGAAUUUAUUUUGAUCUGGAAUUUUGGUAUUGCAACGUUUCUGCAUAUUUUUUAAAAGAGAGUUUCUACACUUAGUAUUUAAUAUCACUAGUUCUGUGUAUUAAGGAAAUUUUUGUGUGGUAAUUUAUUGAACUUUCAAUAAAAGCAAUUAAAAAAAACA